AUGGAUCAAAAGUCGGUCGUUAAAACUAAGAUAUCGGCUCGUCCUACGUGUUGUAGUUGGAAGUCUGAUGGACAUCUUUUAGCUAUUGGUCUUUAUAACGGUGUGAUUAGCAUUCGUAAUAAGGAAACUGAGGAAGUAGUGAAAAUUGAACGCACAGGCAAUCCAAUUAUAUGGCACGUUAAAUGGAAUCCAUCAAAAAAUGAUCACGGUGAAAUAUUAGCAGUUGUUGACUGGAAUCAAAAGUUAUCGUUUUAUCAAUUAUGUGGAAGACAAACUGGAAAAGACUAUAUAUUAGGAUAUGAUCCAUGCAAUAUAACAUGGUUUGGUAAUAAAUAUGAAUCAUUGGCAAUUUGUGGAUCUAAUAAAAUGUGCCAGUUAUAUAAUAAUGAAGGUGUACGUUUGGCAUGUAUUAAUAAACAACAAUCAUGGAUAUGGUGUUGUUGUACACGUAACGGAUAUAAUCAAAUCGUUGUUGGCUGUCAAGACGGAACAUUGGAAACUGUACAACUUCUAUUAGAUCCUGUAUAUUCCUUUUAUAAAGAUCGUUAUGCAUAUCGUGAAUCGUUAACGGAUGUAGUUGUUCAACAUUUAAUAACUGAGCAAAAAGCACGUAUUAAAUGCCGAGAUUAUGUGAAGAAAAUAUCAUUAUUUAAAAAUUUAUUGGCGAUUCAACUUUCAGAGAAAAUCUUAAUAUAUGAAUCCUCUUCUGAUGAUAUGAAAGAUAUGCAUUAUAGAAUAUGUGCAAAAUUAUUACAACAAAUUCAUUGUCAUUAUUUACUGAUUAUUACAAAUCAUUUAAUUAUUUGUCAAAAUAAUUGUUUAUCAUGUAUCAAUUUUAAGGGGAUUAAAGAACGUGAAUGGAUUGUGGAUAGCCCAGUGAACUGUAUUCGUGUUAUCGGUGGACUACCGAAUAAGGAAGGGUUACUAUUGGGUCUGAAAGAUGGACAAGUAGUUCAAAUUAUUGUGGAUAAUACAUUUCCUAUAUAUUUAACCAAAGUAAUGAAUGAAGUUUACUCUGUGGAUAUUAGCCGAAACCGUGAUAAAUUAGCUAUAGUGGAUAAUAACAAAACAAUGAGCGUAUACUCAUUGGAAAAACAAGAAAGUUUAUUUCAAGAACCAAAUGUUUUUAGUGUUUCAUGGAGUACAACUAAUAAUGAAUUAUUAGCUUAUACUGGUAAUGAUUUAUUAUUUAUCAAAAAUGGACAAUUUCCAAGUCAUCGCCAAUAUAAUAAAGGUCAAAUACUUAAUUUCACAGGUUCCAUUAUUUAUUGUUUACAUGAGAAUAUUAUAAAUCAUGUCGAAAUCUCAUUAAGUCCUGCUGUUUAUCAUUAUUUGGGAACUGGUCAAUUGAAUGAAGCCUAUCAGCUUGCAUGUUUUGGACUAACUGAUCAAGACUGGAAAGUUAUUGGACGAAUGGCUUUAAAUAAACUUAAUUUAAAAGUAGCGAAAUGUGCUUAUAUACAGUUGGAAGACAUACUUAUGCUUACUUUUAUUCAACAACUUGAGGAAAGAUCUAAACGUGGUGAAUGGAAUAAUAAAGAAUUAAUCAAUAAUUCAUCAAAUAUUUCAAUGAUUCUAGGUGAUAUUUCAGCAUAUUUAGGAAAUUUCAAUGAAGCUGUUAUGUAUUAUACACAAGCGAAUUCAAAUUCUAAUAAAAUAAAUCAUAAAAUCAUUGAUAUGUAUACUGAUUUACGUCGUUUUAAUGAAGCACAUGAAAUGAUCAAAUCUAAUAAUAAUGAUGAUGAUAUCAAUGAACAUAAAUUAUUAUUAAGUAAAAAUGCUGAUUGGGCUAAAUCAACAAAUGAGCAUAGAACAGCAGCUAAAAUGUAUAUUGAUGCAGGUGAAUAUAUGAAAGCUAUUGAACUAUCUGAUUUACAUGGAUGGACUGAUAUUUUGUUAGAUAUUAGUCGUCGUUUAGAUAAAAGUGAUCAUGAAUAUUUAGAACGUUGUGCACGUAGUUUAACUCGACUUGGUGAAUAUGCUUUCGCUGCAGAUUGUUAUGCUAAAUAUGGUGAUAUUGAAAAUCAAUUAAAUUUAUAUAUUGAAUCAUACAAUUGGGAAGAAGCAUUCAGUUUAGUAGAGAAACAUCAUGAUUACACAAGAAAAGUCUAUUUACCAUAUGCUAAUUGGUUAGCAGAAAAUGAUAAAUUUGAAGAAGCUCAAACAGCAUUUAUCAAAGCUGGUUUACAAAAUGAGGCUAUUUCAGUACUUGAACAAUUAGCUACAUGCGCUGCUAAAGAAUCACGUUUUGAUGAUGCUGGUUUUUAUUAUUGGAAAUUAUCUGUUUUAUGCUUGAAUAUGUUGAAUAAUGAAACAAUAACAAAAACAGGUUAUCAGGAAUUGUUAGAUAGAUAUGAUAGCUUUCAGAGAAAAGCCGAUGUUUAUUAUGUAUAUAAUAAUAUACACCAUUUUCUGCAUGAACCAUUUGCUUCAUAUAUGCCUGAAACCUACUUCAAUAUGGCGCGUUAUUUAAUACAUAUCUUACAGUUUGGUGAUAUACCGGAAGUUUCAAAAGCUGCAGUUUUGUAUACUUUAGCAAAACAUGGCCGUGCUCUAGGUGCAUACAAAUUGACCAAACAAAUAUAUGAUAGAUUACAAACAAUGCAUUUGCCAUCUAAGAUGCGUGAUGAAGUAGAUUUAUCUAGCAUUACCUUGAAUUCUGGACCAAUGAUUGAUUCUGAAGAGAUUAGUACUAUGUGUUAUAGAUGUUCAGCAACAAAUCCAUUAUUGAAUAGUUUGGGCAAUCGAUGUAUCAACUGUAAAGAACCAUUUCUUUAUUCUUUUAUCAAUCUAGAACAAUUGCCAAUAGUUGAAUUCAUUCCAGAAGAUAAUUUAUCAUAUGAAGAAGUAAGAAGUUAUUUACAAAAAGAACCAUCAUCUUACAGGAAUUCGAAAGAUGAAGAUAUAAAUAAUGUUGAAUUAAACAAUGAUUUUUCACAAACAUUGAAAAUAUCCCAUAAACAAGAAAAUGGAUCACUAGAUCAAGAUCCAUUCAUGGCUAAAUUAUUAAAUUCAGAUCUUAUCUCUGAAUCAUAUUCUCCUGUCCAAUUAGAUAUCGCUACAUUAAAAGCAAUUUCUUUUAAUGAAGUGAUAAUUGUCAAUAAUCCCCCAUUAAAACCACGUUAUUACAAAUCUGUCUUACCUGAUGUUAGUAUUACACAAUGUACCGUAUGUCACAAGCUAUUUUACACUGACGAUUACGAAUUGGUCUCAUUACAACAGGGUAAUGCUAAUUCUUUUGUUUACAUUAAUAAAAUAGCAUUUAUCAAAGCUGGUUUACAAAAUGAGGCUAUUUCAGUACUUGAACAAUUAGCUACAUGCGCUGCUAAAGAAUCACGUUUUGAUGAUGCUGGUUUUUAUUAUUGGAAAUUAUCUGUUUUAUGCUUGAAUAUGUUAAAUAAUGAAACAAGUAUAUAUUCAUGUGUAUUUUUAUAUUAUUGUUUUUGUUGA